AUGAUCAUACACAAACCGUUCGCCGAAGAAUGUGUAGAAAAUGCAUGGCCACCAAAGCCAGAUAGAUUAAUUAAAACAUAUGUGGUUAAUCUGGAUGAACCAGCCACUCAAAGAUGGAAUUCUAUUGUUUCAUUGCACAUACCUGAGAUAAAAGAUUUGAUUGAUUCUCUAAAAUUAUUUCUUCUUGAAAUUUCACCAGAAUUUAAAUUUUUAAUUGAUAUAAUCGAUACAGAAUUGCCGGGAAUUGCCGAUACAUUGCCUGCACCUUAUGGUGAUGAAAUCAAAGGGAUAAGUCAAGCAUCCGGUAUACCAUUAGUUAUUGCUCAAGAUCAGAAUGGAAAAGUUUAUCAUGGCCGAAAUCUUGAUUUUGGUUUUCCACUGAGUUGGCGUAAUAUAACAUGGCCGUUGGCUGAAAAAUUACGAACAGUAACAAUUCAAGUAAAUUUCACACAAAAUGGCAAACUUUUAUUUGAAACAACUACUUUUGUUGGUUAUGUUGGUGUAUUAACUGGUGUCAAACCAAAUGUAUUUAGCGUAUCAAUGAAUGAACGUUAUGGUUUUCAAGGUGGCUAUGUUGGCUUAAUAGAAUGGAUAUUCAAUAUAAAUCGAGCUCAAUCAUUUAAUACACUUGCUGUACGUGAUGUUCUUACAAAAUCUUCAUCAUAUAGUGAUGCUGUUGAAUAUUUAUCAAAGACAGUAAUACUAGCACCAUGUUAUUAUAUAUUAGGUGGUCCCGAAUCCGGACAGGGUAUUAUCAUUACAAGAUCUCGUAAAAUAUCUGAUUAUUUUGAAAUGCUUGGUAAAGAUAAUUUAUGGUUUAUAAUCGAAACAAAUUAUGAUAAUUGGAAGCCACAACCGAGUGGAGACGAUCGUCUAACACCGGCAAUAAGAUGUAUGAAAAAAUAUGGCUUACAAAAUGUUACAUUUGCAUCAUUAUUCAAUGUAUUUUCGUCUCGACCGGUUCUAAAUAAAUCAACUGUUUAUACGGCUUUAAUAGAAUUAUCAACUGGUCGUUUGGAAUCAUAUUUACAAUUUUGUAUAGAUUCAUGA